UUGCUUGUGUGUGGGCGUUUCUCUCCGCUUAUUGACAUGAAGUGACAUGAUCGUGCACACUGAUCUUGCAGCUAAAGAUAGUGACGAUGUCUGCGGAGGCGGUGUAUGACUGCAUAGUGAUCGGGGCCGGGGUGCAGGGCUCGUUCACGGCCUACCAGCUGGCCAAGAAGGGCAAGAAGACCCUGCUGCUGGAGCAGUUCGUGCUGCCCCACACCCGGGGCAGCUCCCAUGGCCAGACCCGCAUCAUUCGCAAAGCCUACGACGAGGACUUCUACGCCCACAUGCUGGACGAGUGCUACGAGCUGUGGGCUCAGCUGGAGAAGGAGGCGGGCGUCAGACUGUACAGACAAACAGGUCUCCUGGUGAUGGGACCAGAGAACAGUCGAUAUUAUGAACUGGUGAAGACCACCCUGAAGAAGAACAAGGUUCCCAUGGUGGUCCUGACCAAGGACAACUUCAGCCAGCACAUCCCCCAUGUCAUCCUGGACGAGGGUCACGGAGCGGUGGUGGAAGUGCCUGCUGGAAUUCUGUAUGCUGACCGUGCACUCAAGACUGCACAGGGGCAGUUUCAGAAGUUGGGUGGGGUCAUAAGAGAUAAGGAGAUGGUGACGGACAUCAAGCCUGGUCCCGUGGUAACCGUUGUUACCUCCUCUGGUGCUUAUCAAGCCAAGAGUGUGGUGAUCACUGCUGGACCCUGGGCUAACAGACUGCUGGCCCACACCGGCUUGGAGCUGCCACUAGAGGUUGCAAAGAUCAACGUGUGCUACUGGAAGGAAAAGGUUCCCGGGUCGUACGACAUAAAGAAGCGUUUCCCCUGCUUCAUACAGACGGAGUGUGAGGAGUCUAAGGAGCACAUCUACGGCCUCCCGUCCAACGAGUACCCCGGCUUGAUGAAGAUCUGCUACCAUACAGGCAGCGUGGCAGACCCGGACCACAGAGACCAGCAGACAGACAGGUCUGACAUCGACAUCCUGCAGCGCUACAUCGCCCGCUGUCUACCCGGCCUGGAGCCCAAACCUGCUGUGGUGGAGAGCUGCCUGUACACGCUAACACCUGACCGUCACUUUGUGCUCGACUGCCAUCCUACCUACAGCAACAUUGUGAUUGGAGCCGGAUUCUCAGGUCACGGCUUCAAGUUUGGACCAAUCAUUGGCAAGCUCCUGAGUGAACUCAGCCUGGGUGAGGUGCCCUCCUAUGACCUCUCCCCUUUCAGAAUCAGGCGCUUCCAUGGAAACACCAAGCCAGCCUUAUAGAUCCAGGGCUGGAUUCUGUGACAUCAUCAGAUCCUCAUGAAGUCUUAAUUAAAUCUAACUGUAGCUUGAUUUGUCAUUCAGGGCUUGACAUUAACUUUUUGUGGCUGGUGGUUUUCUAAAGUUAAGAGCCUCAAUUUUGGUGUUGGGAAAUGUGUGUUUGUGCACAUUUGAUGCACACCAGCUUUCAUUAAACAUUAAUACAUCCAAUAUGACCCUGAGCUCCUUGUUGCAUACGAAGAAACAUACAAUGUUAUUAAUCAACAUUCUUCGGGGUCUUACUUUUUCCCCUCACUUCUGUUUUGGGACAAUCAGAAGAGACUGGGUUAAUCUGAAUGCUCUGACAUUUCUCCUCUCGCUGUCAUGGAGUGCGUAGAGAGAGAGACUGAAUCGAGCAGAGCUGAGGGAGAGGAAAUAGGAAGAUAAUCGGGGGGGAAAUAGUGGUUGGGUCUACAGCAGGAGAAAGGGUUAAAAAUAGAGAGGCUCCUGCUCAGAUCGGCAGGUCUGCAGAUGCCAUUUGAGACAACUGCAAUUUAAACAUACAUAUGUAUACAAUUCAACCAGCCAAAAUGUCUAGUCGCAGUGACUGUUACAGCUCACUGUUGAAAUAAACCUGCAUAGGCAGGUAAUCAAGGAUUAAUGUCAAGCCCUGUUGUCUUUUUAAUUUAGCACUUUGUUGUUUUAUCUGAUGCUUUAUU